GCAUCGGGACACGGCAUCGGGACACGGAACGGGGCAGGGGUCCGGGAAACGGAACCGGCAUACGGAACGGGCACGGCACCGGGGCACGGCACCGCAGCACCGGGACACGGAACGGGGCACGGCACCGGGAAAAGGCACCGGGGCAGGGCACAGGGACACGGAACGGGGCACGGAACGGGGAAGGGCUCCGGGAAACGGAACCGGGAUACGGAAAGGGCACGGCACCGGGGCACGGCCCGGGCUGACCAGCGGGGUCCGGCGCACGGAACCCCCGGGAAGGGGCCGCAGCCCCGGGCAGCGCUGGCCCCGCUGGGCCGGUGGGAUCCUCGGGAGCGCCGAGCACCGAGUGAGCCCCCGGUUCCGAGCGAGCCGCAGCCCAGCGGAGCGAGGGGAGGGGAGCGGAGGGAGCAGCGGAGCGCAGCGCGGGCGCGACGAGCCCGUUCCGGGGGAACGCUGCAGGAACCGGGCGAGAACGGGACAGCGGGGACAGCGAUUCCCAGCUGAGUGCCUGGAUGGAUGGCAUGGGUUGGUAUCAGUGAUGACUGAGAGAGGCUCCUCUCCUCCAGGGCUGGGAGAAGGCUGGCCUGGGGAUUGUCUGCUUGGAGAAGUUGGCAGUUCCUCCUUGUAGCCCCCACAGCACUCUUCAAAGCCAUUCCCAUCCCACAUUCAGGAUCUAUUUCAAGAAGGGUUGGGCUGGCAUAAUAGAAGUGACAUUCUGGUGCUCAUGGAAGUGAGUGAAAUCUGUCUCAGGAUGUUUCCUUCAGGUUUGUGAAGACUUCAGGAAAUCCAGACCUGGUGAAUACAAGGAAAAUUAUGGAAAGCCUCUAGAUUGCAUACUGUGCUUAUAUAAUGUGCACCAGUGCAUUGGGAUCUGGCACCCAGCACCUGACUUCUGCAUUUAAAGGCUAAUUGUUGAAGGGAAAACCUGAAUAGUCUGGAGAAAUAAAUGAAAAUGGAGAUCUGUGCUUGAAGAAGUCUUGAUUUGCAAAUCUGGGAGAAAUUAUGUUUACAGAAGGAAUUCGGAAAUAUUGUUUUAUAUGUUAGGUACUCUACUAACAAAGUGUCCCUUGUAAAUACCAAAAACAUGACACUCAGCUAUUAGAGAGAAAAGGAAAAUAAUCUUGAGGGUAGCUUUGUCUCAAACAAAGGGACAUCAACUGCAUGCCCAGAUGUUUCUUUUCCAUCUCUUACCCUUCAGUAUUGAUUUAUGCAACUUUGCAGAAGAUAAAGUCAGAAAGGAGAUGUGAAAAAAAGAUAAUAAAGAAUUAUUUAGUUUUCUUCAAGAUGAAAACCACCUGAAUUCCCAUCACUUAUAGUACUGAUUUCAUUGUUGUACACCAGACUUGUGUCUGGAUGACAUUUUGCUUUAGCCAUUAUGUAGUUGAUGUGAUGUGAUGUGAUGUGAUGUGAUGUGAUGUGAUGUGAUGUGAUGGAAAAUAUUCCAUAGGAGAGUACCUCAUCUACUGUAUCAGCUGAAGUUUUCAACAAGUUAAUAAUUCUUCAGUGUUCGACCAAAGUAUGAAAAAUUCUAUUUUAUCAACAGAAGUGAGCAUCUUAAUAAUUCUUCAGUGUUUGACCAAAGUAUGAAAAAUUCUAUUUUAUCAACAGAAGUGAGCAUCUUUCUUCAUUAUCCCAGAAAUAUUCCGCUGGAAGGUGAAAGCAGAGCAGAGGAUGACUCAGUACAACCAUUCAGCACAGUUCUCUCUCCAGAGCUCAGCUAAUAAAUCAUUAAAUGUCACUGAGACACCUCUGCCUUGGGAUGAAAGGACGCUCUUGGGGCUGAAGAUUUCACUGUCAAUCCUUCUGGCCGUCAUAACUUUGGCAACGAUCCUCGCCAAUGUUUUUGUUGUUAUUACAAUUCUCCUGACUAGAAAGCUCCACACGCCUGCAAAUUACCUCAUUGGCUCCCUGGCAGUGACUGAUCUCCUGGUGUCAGUGCUGGUGAUGCCCGUCAGCAUUGCCUACACUGUCACCCACACGUGGGCCUUUGGCCAGCUGCUGUGUGACAUCUGGCUGUCCUCAGACAUCACGUGCUGCACAGCCUCCAUCCUGCACCUGUGUGUCAUUGCCCUGGACAGGUACUGGGCUAUCACAGACGCUCUGGAAUAUUCCAAGCGCCGCACUGCUGGCCGAGCAGCCCUCAUGAUUGCCGUGGUCUGGAUGAUAUCCAUCAGCAUCUCUGUGCCACCGUUUUUCUGGAGGCAAGUGCAAGCUCAUGAAGAGAUUGCAAAGUGUGCUGUGAACACUGAGCAAAUUUCCUACACCAUUUAUUCCACUUGUGGAGCUUUCUACAUCCCGACCGUGCUCCUGCUGAUAUUGUAUGGGAGAAUUUAUGUAGCAGCUCGAGAUAGGAUUCUGAAGCCACCCUCAUUGUAUGGGAAACGUUUCACUACUGCACACCUGAUCACUGGCUCUGCAGGCUCAUCCCUCUGCUCCAUUAAUGCCAGCCUCCAUGAAGGGCAUUCCCAUUCAGGUGCAUCCCCAAUAUUUCUGGGUCCUGUGAAAAUAAAACUUGCAGAUAGUGUGCUGGAAAGGAAAAGAAUUUCUGCUGCGAGAGAAAGGAAAGCUACCAAAACUUUAGGCAUUAUUCUGGGAGCUUUCAUUUUCUGCUGGCUGCCUUUUUUUGUCAUAUCCCUAGUCCUACCAAUCUGCCAAGAUGCCUGUUGGUUUCAUCCCAUCCUCCUGGACUUUUUCACCUGGUUGGGUUACCUAAACUCAUUAAUCAAUCCAGUCAUUUAUACAGCUUUUAAUGAAGAAUUUAAACAGGCUUUCCAAAAACUAAUACUUUUCAAAAAGUGUUCCUCUUGAGACUCUCCUCCUGUGUACCUGACCCUUGUGCAAUCUCACAGCCUACCUGAAAAUUUCCAUGCUUUUAUUCCCAAGGAACUGAGUGGUAAUUUCCAUCUCUGCUACUACCCUGUUCUGUGCAUGUAAAUUUCUGGGAAUUUCUUGCCAAUUUGGUACUUUCUGUUUGGGAUUGUACAUGCCAAAACAGAAAUUGUCCAUGCUCACUGCAGUGAUCAUGUGUGUAUAUAAGAUCAAUGACACAUGAAAUAAGCUUUGCAAUGAGGCAAGGUGUGUGAACCAGGGAGUUUUUGUGGGAUGAGGUGACACAUUACCCUGAUGGGAGGAAAUUGUGUGUGUAUUUACAAGACCUUAUAUUUCUGCUGUAUAUUAUUAACCAUUUAUGUCAGCUGAGAGAGUUUCUGGAGAGCAGGAUCUGAUAUUUAUAUUUUCUAUGGCAUGUAUCUUACCCAUGUGAAGCUGAUAAAACCUGUAAUUCUUUCAGAAGAUGUGUGACACAGCCUGACUAUAAUCAGCAGCAGGGCAGAGCAGCAUAGCACAGAUGUAAGUUAUGUGGAUAUUUCACAAAUGCUGCAUCUGAAGCUAUGCUUUUUGGUGAAGUGUAGAAAGGAGACAAUUUAGUUGAAUUAAUUAUUACACGUUUUAUCAUGAAUAAAACAGUCAGUGAAGAAAUGCUACAAAAUAAAUAGCAUGAAAACGAUUGAUCUUA